UUCACUAAGCGGUGCUCCCUGACCCGCGUCAUGACGCACUACGACGGCUGCGCUGGCCAUGGUGGCGCAGCCCGGCAAGAUACCGGCUUGACUGCAAAAGGGGGUCUACUUAGGUGCAUGUCUAAAGGAAGGCAUGACGGGGAAACAAAGGAGGGAGAGGAGGAGGAGGAGGAGAGGGGAGGAGGAGGAAAGGGGAGGAUGAGGAAGCCUGUCGCCCUGGAUGGGCGCGACCCCUGCGCAUCGCUGCCAGGGUCGCCGGCCGACGCGCCCAGCCUCGGCGUCCACGCACUUCAGAGGCGGGUGCUCGCCAGGGCGAGCCGCCAGUGGGGGGAGCGGGUCGUCUUCCCGUCGCUCCCCCACCCUUCGAAGAAGGAGGGCGCGCGCGAGGGCAGCACAGGUUACCCGAAAACGCAGUAGAAGCCUAACUCGGCGGGCGCGGAAAAAACACGAGGGGCCUAUCCUACCAACAUCAGGGAGA